AUGGUGCAAAAUCUUGUAUUCUGAUUGUGUUGCCUAUCAUAUGUAUUAUUAUUAUUGUUGAAAACUUACAUGGUAAACUGAUCCUUGGUAUGACUUAACUUUUAUGAUUCUGUUACUAUUUUUGGUAUGAGUUAACUACCUUUUACUCACUUCCUGUUUACCUGCUUGACCAGUCCCAGUGUGGCUGUUAUUUUUUGUGUAAAUCACCAUGCAUCCUAUAUUUUGAGUGCCUAAAUCCACUAUGUAAGUCUUUUUAUGUUAUUUUUGAGCUAUAUUUUCAAAUUAUUUGAAUGUAUUUUCUAAAGUUUCCCAUGUAGAUAAAGUUUUUUCUGAAAGGUCAAAUCAUUUUCUUAAGUAUGGAAAGCCAUUUUGGUCACUUAAUUUGUAAUACCUUUUUUGUGUUUAAAUACAUUGUACUAUCUCUGUUUUACAACUUCUGGUACAUUAUUUGUAAGCUUUUGUUUGUAUUUUUUUGUAGUUUUUUACCAUCAUACAUCAUACGCAUACGUUUGCUCACACUCACUCAGGCAUACCUGUGCUGUAUUUACAUGACCCACACACCAGAGGAUAAUAAACUUGUUAUUUCGUGUGACUUUGACUUCAUGUGUCUACAAUGCCUACUGCGAGUAGAUUUGGUUAGCUAUCUGCCUGUACCAGGCAGAAUAGUAAAAAAAUAGUGGACUUCGUAUCUGGCACAUGGCUGAAGCCCCUGAGAAACGUAUAAGGACAUUAACAGAAAAAGGACAAACCAUGGUUGAGGAACAAUGCAGAAUUCUGAAGAAGAAAGUGGACAAAGCCUGUAACGAGGUAGAAGAUGUCUUAGUAAAAUCAGGAUUGUGUGAAAAUGACUUUAAGAAAGUAAGAGAAGUAGAACAUUCUCUCAAUGUAAAAUUUAAGGAAUUCUGCAUUGUAUCAGAAGACUACAAAAAGUACCUUAAUCGUCAAAACACAGGUGAAGCUAGCGAUAUGUUGAAAACUUUUGAUCGUUUUGAGAAUAAGUGUUUCGCAAUAGUCAGGAAAACAAGUAAUGAACUGGAGAGCACAAAGUUUGAUUUACUAGAAACAUUAUCCCAUGUAUCAAAUUCAAGUAGUUUCCAGAGAGAAAAAAUACAAAGAGAAAAGGCCAAACUUGAACUAAUCAAAAAGGAAGCUGAGCUAAAGAAACAAAAGACUGACAUCGAAACAAAAAUAAAUAUAGUUCAACAAGAGAAAGAAAUUAUAGAAGCAGAAGCAGAUUUAUCAGACAACGAAAAAUCAGAUCUUUCAUUAGAUGUUCCAGUGUCUACCAAAGAACAAUUAACUAGUGAUUAUAUAAUUAACCACACUCCCCAGAACUUAUCAAACACAGUGCCUCACCCACCAAUUAGUGUGUACAAUCCUGUGAGUACCUACCAACCUCCUGCAUUGCAACCCUCAUCUAUGCAUGUUCCUCCAAAAUCUGUGCAGGAACUCUCAGCCUUGUAUGGCCCACCUAAUUCUGUGCCGCAACCAUCAGCUUUGUAUGGACCACCUAAUUCUGUGCCGCAACCAUCAGCUUUGUAUGGACCACCUAAUUCUGUGCCGCAAAUGUUCAUUCCGUCAAAUCCAGCGCCACCAAAUCCACCGCCACCAGUCUUUAUGCCUCCAACUCCUGCGCCUCAAAUGUCUAAUACAUCAGCCAUAACGGACUUUUCCAAGUUUCUGUUACGGAAGGAUUUUCUCCUCACUAGAUUCACCAACUUCGACGAUCGACCGGAGAGUUUCAACUCAUGGACAUCCUCAUUCCGCAGCUUAACAACAGAACUUGGAGUCACACCAUUCGAGGAAAUGGAUUUGCUCGUGAAGUGGCUUGGUCCAGAAUCGUCAAAGUUUGCACGGACACUACGCUCCGCAAAUACCCACGACCCCAGUCUAGGACUGAAACGCAUCUGGGAUAGACUACACGAUAGAUAUGGGAGGCCAGAAAUGGUGGAACACGCUCUGAAAAAGAAAGUUCACUUGUUUCCGAACCUCACUAAUAAAGAUCAUGGCAAAUUAUACGAUCUAGUUGACAUUCUGACAGAAAUUGAGUGCGCUAUGGCGGAUCCCCAGUACAGCCUUCUGUUAAGCUACUUCAACUCUUCCACUGGAGUUCUACCAAUCGUUAGCAAGCUACCAGCAUCUCUACAAGACAAGUGGACUACUCAGGCUUCCGGUUAUAAGAAACGGAACUAUGUACCAUUUCCCCCAUUUUCAUUCUUUGUCAAUUUCAUCCGUGACAUGUGUGACAUGCGUAAUGACCCAGGACUUAUUUAUCAACAGUCUACAAACCCACAGGUCACACACAGCAAACCUAGACCUAUAAGCAAUGUCACAUCACGUAAAGCGGACAUUUCCACACCUACACCGCCAACUCGUUGCCCCAUACACAAUGCUGGACAUACAUUGAAUGAAUGUCGUGGCUUCAAAAGAAAAUCACUACAAGAGCGUCAAAGGAUUCUACAGCUAAAAAACUUGUGUUUCCGGUGUUGUGCUUCGCAGAGUCAUAUGUCUAAAAACUGUACAGCUGACAUUAAAUGUGAGAUAUGUGGUAAUUCUCGUCAUGUCACUGCGAUGCAUAUUGAUCGUCAUACCCAAAAACCUCCGUCACACACAGCCGUAACUGCAGUCAAAACUACUUUGGACAAUGGCGGGGAGUCAACUACAGAAAAUGAUAGUGGUGAAACUGUGAACGCUUGUUGUACUCAGCUGUGUGGAAAUUCUGCUGGCGGACGUUCAUGUGGGAAAAUAGUUCUGGUGGAAGUGUUUUCAACUUUUAACCCAGAGAAAACAAUCCGUGCUUAUGCUACAAUUGAUGACCAAAGUAACCGUACUUUAGUGUCCCCUAACUUGAUCGAGCAACUUGGUAUUUCAGGAAACUGUAAGUCCUACACACUUACCUCAUGCUCAGGUGUGUCUACAUUCAAUGGACGCUGUGUUAAUGGAUUGUGUGUGAAAUCCGUAGAUGGAUCAACAUCAUUUGACUUACCUGAAGUCAUUGAAUGUGAUUCAAUUCCAAGUGAUUCCCUUGAAAUACUUACUUCAGAUGUAGCUGAUUCAUUUCCGCAUCUGCAACGCAUUGCAUCCUAUUUACCUCCCUUUGAUCGCACAGUUAAUGUUGAGCUCCUUAUUGGACGUGACUUACCUGAUGUACAUCAUGUGCGUGAUCAAAUAACUGGUAACAAAGGUCAACCUUUUGCCCAACUCUUAUCAUUAGGAUGGGUUAUCAUUGGUGAAGUUUGUAUUGGUAAGGUUCAUCGCCCAAAGGAAGUGAAUGUAAACAAAACACAUAUUCUCAAUGAUGGACGGUGUACUACUUUCCCAUUGUAUCAGAAUAACAUCAGUGUCAAGGACAAUGAUGACAGCUUAUUCGUAAGGACACCAUUUGACAACAAGAUUGGACAAUCUGUUGAGGACCGUAAAUUUCUCACUCUCAUGGAUGAAGAGUUUCGCAAGGAUUCUGAUGGUUACUGGUCUGCACCUCUCCCCUUUAAGGAUUCUAAACCGGAGAUGCCAAACAAUUAUUCACAGGCCUGGAAACGUGCUCUGAUCCUCAACACAAGUCUACAGAGAGAUUCUCACAAAAAAGAACACUUUUUAGCAUUCAUGUCAAAAGUCUUAGCAAGCGGGGCAGCUGAAGUUGCUCCAUCCGACAUACCCGGGGAAUGCUGGUAUUUACCUCUUUUUGGGGUGUACAAUUCUAAAAAGCCGGAUCAAAUCCGAGGAGUUUUUGACUCAUCUGCUGUGUACAAAAACAUUUCGUUGAACAGUGUGUUGAUGUCUGGACCAGACUUGACAAACAACCUUGUGGGAAUCCUCAUGCGUUUUCGUGAAAAUGCAAUAGCGAUCAGUGGUGACAUUCAGCAAAUGUUUUAUGCAUUCCGUGUUCACGUAAAACACCGUGAUUAUCUCAGAUUCUUCUGGUAUGCAGAUAAUGACUUUCAAAAACCUCUGAUACAAUAUCGUAUGAAAGCCCACGUUUUCGGAAAUACACCGUCUCCAGCUGUGGCAACUUACGGACUUCAUAAAGCAUCAGAUAGUGGUGACAGCGAUGUUCGUAAAUUUGUUUACGACAACUUUUACGUCGAUGACGGGCUUACCUCCCUUCCCACUGAAGCUGAAGCAGUGACACUGAUGAAGAAAACACAAGCAACACUUAAAGAAAACGGAAAUAUUCGUCUUCAUAAAAUCAUCUCAAACAGUGUGAAUGUGAUGAAAUCAUUCCCUUCGGAUGACCUCGGAAGUGACCUCAAAGAACUGAAUCAUAGUACUGAUAUGUGCAACUUACCUGUUCAACACAGUUUAGGAAUGUUGUGGGACUUGAACAGUGAUAUGUUUGUGUUCAAAAUCUCUAAUACAGAGAAACCAUGUACCCGAAGAGGUCUUUUGUCUACACUGAACAGUGUGUUUGAUCCUGUUGGAUUUAUUUCUCCUGUAACCAUCAGUGGAAAAAUUCUGCAUCGUGAACUUGUACCUUCUGGAUGCGACUGGGAUGAACCGCUCUCAGAGGAUCACGUGAAAAAAUGGCAAACGUGGCUUGAUUCUUUACACUCUAUCAACGACUACAGAGUUCCUAGAAUGAUCGUAUCUACUUCAGUAUCUCAAGCACAUUGCUUGGAUGUUCAUGUAUUUUCCGAUGCAUCAGAACAUGCAGUUGCUGCAGUAGCAUAUCUCCGAGUCAUUGACAGAUCAGGAGAAGUUUCUAUUGGAUUCCUUAUGGGAAAAUCAAAACUAGCACCCCUAAAAGGACACACCAUACCAAGACUGGAAUUAUGUGCCGCCGUCUUGGCCACAGAGGUCGGAGAAGCAGUGUGUGAUCAUUUGAACAUUCCACAAGAUCAAUUCCAUUACUAUACUGACAGCAGAAUUAUCUUAGGGUACAUAUGCAAUAACACCCGUAGAUUUUUUGUGUAUGUUUACAACCGUGUAGAAAAAAUCCACAAAGUCUCAUCUCCAGCUCAGUGGUCCUAUGUCUCAACAGAUAAAAACCCAGCAGACAUAGCAACAAGAUAUUCACAUACUGCAUUGACCACAUCUCUGCAAAACUGGAUAGCUGGACCUCAAUGGCUGAAAAUUGUCCCUGAUGAAACUAAGACCGAUUAUCCCCUCAUCGAGCCGGAAAGUGACAAAGAAAUUCGUCAAGAAGUUGUUUCAAGCAAAACUCGAAUUUCAACUGAGACUUUGGUGUCUAAUCGUUUUUGUAAAAAUUCCACCUGGAACAGUCUUGUGAAAGCUAUUUCGACACUGAGACGUUUCCUUGGAAAUAAAGCAAGACUGAACUCUGAAGCCAUAGAAGAACCAAAAUUACACAAAGAAUCAGAAAAUGUCAUCAUUCAACUGGUUCAGCAAGAAUCGUACAGUAGAGAAAUCGAGAACCUAAAGAGUGGUAAACCUUUACCAAGAAAUAGCAGAGUGUCAAGGUUAGACCCUUUCCUCGAUUCGUCAGGAGUUUUGCGUGUUGGCGGAAGGCUUAAGCGAAGUUCAGAACUUUCACUAGGAGAGAAGAACCCAAUUCUCAUCCCUAAUCAACACUAUAUUGCGAAACUUCUAGUGCUUCAUUAUCAUGAAAUUAUUCAUCAUCAAGGACGUCAUCUGACCGCUGGAGCUAUCCGAGCUGCUGGAUACUGGAUACCGGGCUGCAAACGACUGAUAUAUACCAUCUUAUCUGCUUGUGUAAAAUGUCAAAGACUUCGUGGCAACUUUGUUUACCAAAAGAUGGCAGACUUACCUGAGGAGAGACUGAUGUCUUGUCCACCAUUUACUUAUGUUGGCGUUUACUGCUUCGGACCGUGGAGUGUUGUCACCCGACGUACCCGUGGUGGUUCUGCGAAUUCCAAACGCUGGGCUGUGUUGUUCACAUGUUUAUCAUGUCGUGGUAUUCACAUAGAAGUUAUCGAAGAAAUGAGCACUUCUUCCUUUAUCAACGCCUUGCGUCGCUUCACAUCAAUCAGAGGCAAAGUGAAAGAAUUGUAUUCGGACAGAGGGACCAAUUUCGUUGGUGGAACCAGAGAACUUGGAAUUGGUGCAAUUUUCGUGGAAAACCUCGCAGUGAAAUCAUUCCUUAAAGAACAAGGAGCAAUUUGGAAGUUCAACAAACCUUUUUCCUCUCAUAUGGGAGGCGCUUGGGAGCGCUUAAUUGGUGUUAUCAGACGGAUCAUUGAUUCCAUUCUACUGGAUGCAAAGCACACCAAACUUACUCAUGAAGUCCUAUGCACAUUUAUGGCCGAGACAACAGCAAUAGUCAACGCGCGACCAUUGGUACCCCUAUCUACAGACCCAGAGGCACCUUGCAUUUUGUCUCCAGCUGUUUUGCUUACACAAAAAAACCACUGAUUCUACAGAGGAUUUCAAACAUCUAUCUGUUCGUGAAAUUUAUACUUCGCAGUGGAAAUUCGUUCAAUGCCUAGCUGAGACAUUUUGGCACCGAUGGAAGAGCGAGUACCUGCAGAGUCUUCAAGUGCGCAGAAAAUGGAAGCAUACUCUAAAGAACAUUCGUGUUGGAGACAUUAUUCUCUUGAAGGACAGUGAGGCACCGCGCAACCACUGGCCGACUGGACUGGUGGAACGCGUAUUUCCUAGUGAAGAUGGACUUGUGCGCAAACUGGAAGUUCGCAUCGUGAAAGAUGGACAACCGCGUACCUAUGUUCGCCCUAUCUCAGAAAUUGUGUUUUUGUGCCAUGCGUUGUGAUUUGUAAAAGUGUAAACUUUCUGACAAUUGGACUAAGACUCUCUAAAUUAGAAUAUAUGUAAUUUGUUUCAUGCAUAUGCAUCAUGUUUAUUUGAGUGAUAUUUCAUAUCAGACGGGGAGUGUGUUGCCUAUCAUAUGUAUUAUUAUUAUUGUUGGAAACUUACAUGGUAAACUGAUCCUUGGUAUGACUUAACUUUUAUGAUUCUGUUACUAUUUUUGGUAUGAGUUAACUACAUUUUACUCACUUCCUGUUGACCUGCUUGACCAGCCCCAGUGUGGCUGUUAUUUUUUGUGUAAAUCACCAUGCAUCCUACAUUUUGAGUGCCUAAAUCCACUAUGUAAGUCUUUUUAUGUUAUUUUUGAGCUAUAUUUUCACAUAAUUUGAAUGUAUUUUCUAAAGUUUCCCAUGUAGAUAAAGUUUUUUCUGAAGGUCAAAUCAUUCU